UCAAUAAAACAAUUUUAUCUUGAUUAUAUGGCUAAUACCAGUAAACAAAGGCAUUUAUAGCUUUUUUUUAGGAGCUGAAACAUCAAAAAGAACCAUAGAAACCUAGGACAAAGCAUGAAAAAUUAAUAUUUCUUCAGAGAACAGCACAGAUAUCAUGAGCUAUGGAGUACAGAUAGUCCUUGUUUAGUUACCAUAAUUAGGACCAGCAACUUAGUUACUAAAUGAUAUAGUCAUUAAGUAGAAGACCAUGUAACCAUGACUGUGCUUACAAUUUUACUUCAGCUUUCCUUUUCCCUAAUCCAUCACUCUUCGGAAUGCUCACCCCCUAGCUGUGAUAAUUAGGAAGAAAGGAAUUAAUACUUAUUUUUACUUUCAUUGGAAAAGAAGGAAUUGCAAGAGAGUAAGGAGGCACAUUAUGGGAAAUACACAUCAAAAGGAAUGCGGUAGUGCUAAUUUUUGCCUAGUAUGUUUGCAGCUCCAAUUUUCCAGUUUAUAUAAGUCAUCUUAGGACACAUAUACAUUAGGACCCUUAGCAAUAGCAAUACCAUUUAGACUUAUAUACUGCUUCACAGCCCUCUAAGAGGUUUACAGAGUCACCAUAUUGCCCCCAACAAUCUGGGUCCUCAUUUUACCCACCUCAGAAGGAUGGAAGGCUGAGUCAAACUUGAACCUGGUGAGACCGGAACUGCCAAACUGCUGGCAGCCUGUGAUCAGCAGAAGUAGCUUGCCAUACUGCAUUCUAAUCACUGCGCCACUGUGGCUCUCCUUCCAGGUAUUUCCAAAGGAACUUUGAAUUGAUGGUAUUUCAUGGUCUCAGCUGUAUUCAGGAGAUAAGCUGAGAAAUCUUACAUUUUUGAAAGUACAAGAAAAUAUUGGAAUUCACAGAUGGUCUAUUUCCCCAUUUGCAAGAACUCAUUUCUUUAUGGUUUCUAGAGUUACAGUCUUUCAAGGUGAAAUACCUUUUUCAAAUCUCACUAGAUUUGAGAGGAUAGGCAUAUGAUUAGGUAAAAAACAUGAAAUAAAGGUAUGGAUGGAGACGAUGCUAACAGUCCUCAACCUACAAUAACAACUGAGCCCAAAAUUUCUCUUGCUAAGCAAGAUUGUUAAGUUUUGCCCCAUUUUAUGAUUUUUCUUGUCACAGUUGUUUAGUGAAUCAUUGUAAUUGUUAAGUUAGUAACACAGUUGUAAAGUGAGUUUGGCUUCCCCAUUGAUUUUGCUUGUCAGAAGUUCACAAAAGGUGAUCACAUGACCCCAGAAUAAUGUAGGAUAGUGAGAAGCAUAAUAGCUUUAUGAACAGACUGUCUGAAUUUAUUUAUUUAUUUUUAUUUAUUUAUUUUGUCAAACAUGUACAAGAUAACAGAUAUAAGUAUAAACAUGGACAUGAACAUAGGAAAUGAGUACAAAUAAAUGGGGACAGUAGGACAGGGACAGUAGGCACGCUUGCGCCCUUUACGGACCUCUUAGGAAUGGGGUGAGGUCCACGGUAGACGGUUUAAGGUUGAAGAUGUGGGGGUUUGAGGAUGUAACAAAGGAGUCAGGAAUUGUCCCAACAUCAAUUUGUUUUCUUAAUAACUUUAAUAACUGCUUCUGCUCUAUUUAUUGUAAAGCAAUAAACAUAAUAUAGCAACAGUUAAAACUCUUGAUUCAAACAAAAACAAAAUCUCACUGGGGAAAUAUAUGGUGUUCAAGGUCAUUUAAUUGUCUCUUCAUUAUCAGUUUGAUCUGGAAGCAAUCAGUCUGAACAUGGAAACAAUAAUAUGAUAAUUGAUAUUGACUGGGACUUUACAUCUGAAUAAAGAACAUUGGUGAGGGAUGGACAUUGUCUCCUAAUACAGUGCUGUGUAAAUGUGCAAUCUUUAUAGUAAAUCUGAUAAAAACUUACCCCAAACCAUAGGAUAGCAAAGAGGUAAAUCUAACUUCACUGGGUAGCUUUUUUGACAGGCAUUCUGAGCAAGCCAAAAAACAAAUGUGGAAAAUUUCUGAGGAAAAAAUAAUUUCUUAGAAUAAAUUGAAAAAUAGGAUAAAUUAAAAAAUAGAAAUUUAGUAUUUUUUAUUAAUUUUGAUAAUAUUUUCUGUAUAUACUUGGAGGAAAAAUUAUGUCUAAAACCCAGUAGAUAUUUUGUUGGGAGAAGAUACCAUUCUAAGUUUGGAAUUUGAUUCUAGGCCAGAAUUCAUCACAAUUUUGUUAAAUAGUAAAUAUCAAUUAAUUCAUUGGUCAAACAACUCUGCUUGUGUGUGUGUGUGUGUCUGUGUUUCAUUAUCUUUCCUGUUUACUUAUUUUCUGACUGUUGAUGCAACUCUUUUCAGCUAUUAAAUAAUUUUUAACCUGCCUUGGCAAAUGUAGAAAAGCGCCAUUAUCCAAGAACGGCAAGAACUGAUUCAUUACAAUUGGUAGAAAUACAGAACAAUUAUAUAUCUAUAUAUAAUACUAUUUAUUCUGUAUGUUUUAUUUUGUUUUACUAAUGAGAUCUGGUAUCUUAAACCAUUGAAGUUCCUGCAAUUUAAUUUUAAGUUUGAUUUCAACAUUUAAUGCAAAUCAUAAACAACGAAGUUUUAAAAAUUAGUUGACUUCCCAAUACAAAUCACAGGACACUGUUAAUGUUCUUUCAUUACUUAAGAUUUACAUACAAGAUAGGAAGGAUUAUACAAGAGAGUGUAAGAAAAGGAGCAAUUCAGUGGUUGAAAAUGACUCAUCACUAGGCUCUGCCUUCAGCUUGAAGGUAUUUGUUCAAUUCAUUUCCGGGUGCCAACGGAAUCAAAGAAAGAUGAAAUAAAGCCAAGCAGAAAUUGUCAAACGGAAUAGCCUAAAGGAUUUGUCUAUAAUUUUUGUUUAAAAUAUUUUGGCUCAUUGUGUAGCAGUCCAGAAUGACAGAAAAAAGCCUCAUAUUUGGUGUUUUAUUGUUCCUGAAACUGCAAGUGUGCUGUUGUUUUUAUACCCAACAUACCUUACCGGAUAUUGAAAAUGCACACUUUAUUGAAGAAUGUGUCAGAGUGCAUAAUAGAUUCCGAUCAAGUGUGGACCCACCAGCUAGCAACAUGAAACGGAUGAGCUGGGACCAUGAUCUUGCAAAGACUGCUCUUGGCUGGGCAAAUAUGUGCCAAUUUAAUCAUAAUCCUGAUCUCAAGUCACCAGGGAAGGCUCACCCAAACUUCACAAUAGUUGGAGAAAAUAUUUGGACUGGAACCAUUCAGUAUUUUAAUGUGACUUCAGCCCUCACUAGGUGGUACAAUGAAGUCCAACAUUACAAUUAUGCUACUCGGAGUUGUAAACAUGUAUGUGGGCACUAUACUCAGAUGGUUUGGGCAGACACCUACAAAGUUGGCUGUGCUGUUCACUUUUGUCCUAUAGUACAAGGCUUUCAUGGAUCUAAUGCUGCACACUUCAUUUGUGACUAUGGACCUGGUGGGAAUUAUCCAAGAUGGCCAUAUAAAUCAGGAGUAACAUGCAGUGAAUGUUACAAAGAGCCUUGCAUAGACAGACUUUGUGGUGAAGUAAAGGGUGAAGUACGGGUGAAGCCAUAUUGUGAUACCUAUUGCAUCAUUGUUUUAGUCCUGAGAACAUCCUCAUUUUUAAUAACUUUUGUAACUGUCUUUUUUCUGAAGCAACAUUAUCCCAGAGUGUAUAUGUAUAAAUAAAUUGGAACAAAAAACAAGCACUUUUGUAAGUUAUUAAACAAUGAAUUGAUAAGAA